AAGUAACGUAUACUCUCACUCUCACCAGUCUUGGUUCAUAUAUAUAGAGAGAGAAAGAGAGAGGAGAAAUUAUAAUAAAAGUAAGAAACGAGUGAUCAACAGUUGAAAGUUGUGAUUCAUGGCGAUCGAGGUGAGUUCUUAUACAUUUGAAUGUAGGUGUAGAACUUUGUUUAUUAAUAAAAAGAUUGUCACAUGCCAGGCAUGGUUCAUGGACGAUAGCAAUGAAGAUCCAAGGCUUCCUCACCAUCGCAACCCACACGAAUUUGUUUCCAUGGACCAAUUAGCAGAAUUGGGGGUCUUAUACUGGAAGCUGAAUCCAAAUGUCUGUGAGAACGAUGAAGAGUUGAACAAGAUUAGAGAAACUAGAGGAUACAAUUACACGGAUCUGCUGGAUUUAUGCCCAGAAAAGGUGGAAAAUUAUGAAGAGAAGUUGAAGAACUUCUAUACUGAGCACAUUCAUCAGGAUGAAGAGAUUCGUUAUUGUUUGGAAGGAAGCGGCUACUUCGAUGUGCGAGACAAGGAUGACCGCUGGAUUCGCUUUUUAAUCAAGCCUGGUGAUCUUAUCAUUUUACCUGCUGGAAUCUAUCAUCGGUUCACUCUAGACACAAAUAACUACGUGAAGUUAAUGAGGCUGUUCAAAGGCGAGCCAGUGUGGACAGCAUACAAUCGACCACAAGAAGACAAUCCUGCUAGAAAGGAAUACAUUAAGGGCCUGACUGAGAAAAUAGGAAUGCCACUUGCAGCUCAUUAGGACCCUGAAAUAUUAUUGUAAUUAAGCUGUUUGAGACAUAAUGCUUACGGUUCUUGAUGUAAUUGUUGGUAUAUUUUUAGCUAAGAGAAGACCUGGGUAUGAAGGUAAAACAGACCAAGCAUGAGAUUAUGUAUCAGAUCUAAGAGCAUGUAUGAUACAUGAUUACAUACUACUAGUUUUUGUCACUUUCUGUGAAUCUGUGUUCAGUUGUUGAAAUCAAGUUUGUCCUUUGAGGAGAUAAUGGGAUAUAUAUCAUGUUCGAUAGGUAGG